AUGUGUUAGUCUCUAAGGUGCCACAAGUCCUCCUUUUCUUUUUGCGAAUACAGACUAACACGGCUGCUACUCUGAAACCUGUCAUUUUACACCAGUGUAAUUCCACUGAUUGCAGCAAAAUCACUCUUGAUUUACACCAAUGUGUGUAUGAGCAGAAUCCUGCCCUCUAUCUGUAUGAAGGGAUCAAUCACCAGUGAAGUGCAGCCUCUUCUCGGGUGGAAUGUAAUGGCUGUUUAAGAAUGCACAGCAACAUCCCACAGCUCUCCAGGUGUUUCAGGCAAGCAGUCUGUAAUGACCCAGUUGGAACUGGGUCAGGAGAAUAGAGGAUACACCAAAGUGCAUUGGAAUCUAAUGAUCAUGAGGCAUUAGGGUGUUAAUUCUCCUGCAUUUCAUCCAAAAGAUGGUUGUUGGCACCUGUAAAGAGAGGUGCUUCCCCCACCUCAGAGAGCUGUGCUGGGCCUGGGGUCUGUUUGAUAUGUUGUGGGCAGAGGUGUGGUCUCUUGGAGUAGGGAUGCCAGUCAGACCAGGUUGCAAGCAUGAGGGAGUUAAACGAAGGCCACUAGUCAGGCUUGGUGGUGCAGGUUGAGCAAGUUUUGUUUCUCUGAGAGUUGGGAAGGGAGGUGGUUAUGACUCUUCUUGGGGCACACAGGGCUGUUGCCAGCAGCCUCCAGUGCAGGGAGUCUUGCCUGUGCCAGCUGGGUGUUAGCUCCCUAACACAACCAGCCUGUCAGCCACUCAGGCGCUCUCCUCUGGGCUGUACGGGCCCUGCCUUUGCCCUGCAGGUUGACUAUGAAGGCUCCCCAGCCUCUGAGCCUUCAAAGUGUCCCCCUGUGGUGUCCAGUCCCUUAUCACUGGAUACCCCCAGAAAUCUCCAUUCCCAAGGGAAGAAUUAUAGUAAAACAAGAGGACAUUUAUUUAAGAACAAAAAGAGAUUCAAUAGAAACAAGUUUGUGAUGGAAACAAAUGGCACCAUACAAAACAAAAUCAUGAAAUGUGAAGAAGGGCCUACACUUAUUCACAGUUACCUUCCCCAUCUAGUCAAAUAGAUGCUCAGCCCAAAGUUCAGGCAUUUGCAGCAUUUGCUGCCCCCAAGGAGCUAAGAUCCAGUCUUCCAUGAAGCACCCCCACUCAUCGAGUUACCUCCUCAGUGAAUGGGUGCAGAGUGUCUCUCCACCCUGUGAUCUCCUGAAUAAGUCUCUUGUCUUUAUUCACAGACAGGGCGAUCCCCUCGCCGUCCUGCCAUCCUUUCCACUGCCAGUGCCAAAUUUUUUCCAGUGUUUAUACUUCGCUGGUUUUCCAUUGACUUUUCUGGGUUGGUGCAAAGGUGGACAACUGAGCAAUACAGGGUGACAACUUCCUCCCACGUGAAUGGGCCAUCACUGAGACACAUUAUUUCCUGGUGAUUCACUUUCAAUCCAAGGCCAUAAGGGCGUGUUUUUCUGUAUAACUACAUUAUUCCUUAAACAUCACUCGUACACACAUCUCACAAUGAUUAUGAGUAUUGAUAAGUUACAAGCAUUCAGUAGAGAUCUCACAUGCUACCCUUUAUGGAUAAAGACCAUGAAAGCGGUGUAUUAGGUGUAGUGAGUUUGUGAGGUCUGAGACAGGAGGUGCUUGUAAAGAACAGUGAACCCUUUCCCCAUUGGCACCAAUUGGCAUCUGUGUCACAGUGGUGAGGCAUAGUGAAGACGGCUGGACCAGUAUGUGAUGGUAUGGGGGGCAAGCUGUAUAUUGAAACCUGCAAUAAAUAAUUAAAGGAGAAGGUCACAUGACCCUCAUGGCCGUCACAGGGUUCCUCUCUCCUCGGUGUCUGGUUACAUUCAAGGAUCAAGUUCUAACAUCCUGACUGGUGAAUUAUUAAACCUCCUUGUGGCAUUCUCAUCCCUUCACAUCGGACAUGUUUCUUCCUGGUGUCCUGCUGUGCCAGGCAGAGACAGUCUCAACCCAUCUAGGUCCUUGCAAUUGGAUUCUUAGGAGAGUUUUGAGGACAACACAUCCUCUGCCCACCAACUUCUCGAUCUCUGGGAGCCCCUCGCCUCCCUGCAAAAGGCUGGUGAGAUGGAGCAGUCCUACAGAUCCACAAUCUCCAUCUAUAAGAACAUCUUGGAGCAGUUUAACCCUGCCCUGGAGAACCUGGUCUACCUGGGCAACAACUACUUACGCACUUUCCACGCACUCUCUAAGGCGGCGGAAGUCUAUUUUAAGGCAAUACAGAAGAUUGGGGAGCAAGCCCUGCAGAGCUCUACCUCACAAAUGCUGGGUCAAAUUUUGAUACAGAUGUCUGACACCCACAGGCAUAUGAACUCUGACCUGGAAGUAGUGGCUCAGACGUUCCACAAAGACCUGCUGCAGCACAUAGAGAAAAACACCAAGCUGGACAUGCAGUUCAUCAAGGACAGCCAUCAGCAGUACGAACUGGAGUAUCAGCACAGGGCUGCCAACCUGGAGAAGUGCAUGUCGGAGCUGUGGAGGAUGGAGAGGACUCGAGACAAAAACACCUGGGAAAUGAAGGAGAAUGUGAGGCGCUUGCAGUCAGAGAUGCAGGCAUUUGUCUCUGAGAGCCAGCGGGCUGCCGCGCUGGAGGAGAAGCGCCGCUACCGCUUCCUGGCUGAAAAGCACCAGCUGCUCUCCAGCACCUUCCUCCAGGUGUACAGCAGGGCUUGUGGCAUCAUCCAGAGCAAGGUGCCAAAGUGGAAGGAGCAGUUGGAGGCCAGCCGCAAUCCAAGCAGCAGACACUCCCCGAGCCUGCUCAGUGCCUCCCAUGGCCAGGGGUACCCGUCAGGCCGCCUGACUCCCAGCCACCUCGACAUGCCUCAGAGGCCUCUGGGAGAUUUUGGCUCAGUCAUGACUGGACGUAGUUCAAGCCCCUUCCCCCAGGAGCCUGCAGAACUUCUUAGACCCUCUCCUCAGCCAGAGCCAACCAGGAGAGGUCUGCAGAAGACUUCAUCUGCUGGCUCACUCUCCGCCAGCCAGCGCUCGCGCUCCAGCUCCUUCGGGGAGCGGGCAGGAGGAGGCAGCAACGUGUUUAGAGUCCAGACAAUUGUGCCCCACUCUGCUGGCACCAACCGCACCUUGCUGGGGUUCAACCUCGGGGACAUCAUCACGGUGCUGAUCCCAGAGGCGCAGAACGGCUGGCUGUACGGCAAGCUAGAGGGAUCAUCCAUGAGCGGCUGGUUCCCCGAAGCUUUCGUAAAGCCCCUGGAGGGAGUAAGAGACCCGGAGGAACUGCCCACCAGGUCCUUCCCACUGCGGAGCAGUCACAGCGUGGAUGGCCUGGAUUGCCCCAGUGUCCCAUCAGCAGGAAAUUACCGACACAACGCUGCCCCGCCCCAGUCACCAAGCCCUUCUCCAGCCUCACGUGGUGCUGGCAGCUGCCGGAGCAGCUUGGUUAGCGCUGCUGCUCCUUCGGAUUCCAAGAAGUCAGCUGUGCAGGAGCAGCCCCCAGAGCUCUUCCCCCGCGGCACCAACCCGUUUGCCACAGUAAAACUGCGCCCCACCGUCACCAACGACCGGUCGGCACCCAUCAUCCAGUGAAAGGAGGCCGUGGAAAGCAGCGGAUUCUGGGGGGUUGACAGAA